AUGCACAAGACAGACCCAACAUCGACAUGGAACAUCAAUUAUUUAUCCACUGUGAAUCAUACCUCAGAUGAGGUGGACAGAUCAUGCCAGAAGGUGCAGUUCCAGCAGGUAUUUGCAUCGCGCAAGGGCUCCCACUACAUACAGAUCCAGACUAAGGAGACUACUGAGCACACCGGCACGCCAGACCAGAACAGAGCCAGCCAGGUCAUUGAUGAGCUGGAGCGGUUUUACCAGGAACAGCAACGGCAGACCAGCAAUGUCAUCCAGGCCGGGGAGCACGAUGAAGCCAAUCCAUGGCUGCGGCGGACCAGAUGGCCGGUGUACUUGACCAAAAUCGCACCCAAUGAUCUGGUCAACUGCGUCCAGCGGCCCGACGAUGACACCACGUGCCCAGAUGAACUGGCCGCGAGGGCCAUCUGGGAGGCCAUGGGUCAGGUUGCCCGUACCAGCCAGCGAGUCAUCACACGGCUGGGUCACUUCGUCCGCAUCGAGGCCAUCCGCACAGAGCGACACCAGACCCGGCACACCCCGUUGCAGGCAUACAUGGACGAGGAGAGGAGAGCAUCGCCGAGCACCCCACAGUACCGGUUCACACCACGGCAGCGCAAGACAUGGAGGGUAUUAUGGCAGGUAGCCACCACAGAGGGAGCCGACCAGCGACACUCCAUCAGCCCAGACCCCAUGGAUGAGCAGAUGACUGAGGAAGAAGAAGAGGAGGAGGAGAAGGGACAGAGAGAUACCCAGCCAGAAGAAGAAGAUAAGUUCAAAUUAACCAAGAUGCAGAUGGCAUGUUUGGAUUUUUGCAUUGAGCUGCUGAACCAGCGGGUUCAGGUGGAGGAUUAUGAGUGCGCGCUGGUAGACGCGUUGGCGGUGCUGGGACGGGGGGAGUAUGGAUGGUGCGACGCGGAGAGCUACCCACCAAUAUUGUCACGGAUCAUCAAGGUGGCACGGUUAUGCCACACGGUGCUCAACGACCAGGUCAACUUCCGGCCCCAGAUGCAACAGCUCGGCAAGCUGAUGGCGGCCAAGACACAGAUGGUGCUGCUGACGGCCACACUGCCACCCGGUGAGGAGGAGAAGCUGUGGUCCCGCAUGCACUGCACCCGAGCGGACAUAUCAUUGUUCCGGGCGCGGACAUGCCGUCCAAAUGUGGCAUACCGAGUGUGGCAACCCAUCAUUGAAGGGUCAGAGUACGAUGGGCUCAACCGAUGGUUUCAAGCACCCAGCGUGGUCAGGUUCAUCCAGGACCGCAUGAGAUGGACGGGAGAAGGUAAGGGGGUGGUGUACUGCCAGGCAGUGAAUCAGGUCACGAUGAUGGCAAGCACAUUGAGAUGCGGGGCAUAUCACCACCACCAGAUCAACAAGGCCGGCAUACUGGAGUGUUUCCAGCAAGGUCAACACCAGGUCAUCGUGGCGACAAGUGCACUGGGCAUGGGAAUCGACAUCCCCAACAUCCGCAGCAUCAUCCACGUCGGACGGCCGCGAUCAUUGCUGGAUUAUGGACAGGAGAGCGGGCGUGCAGGGUGUGAUGGACAGACCAGUGAAGCCAUCAUCAUUGAGCCCGAGGGUAUCAGUGCAGCAAUGAUAUGGUCAAGAAAGGAUGCACCAUCACUGCUGGACCAGAAGCUGGUUGAGCGGUACAUGCAGGCAGGGGGUGAGGGGGGUGAUGAACCGAUGGCUCGAUGUCGACGGGUGGUGCUGGACCGGUACCUGGACGGGGAAGUGGAGGGUUACAUGAGACGGCACUGCGGUGAUCGACACACAGGGGAGUCCCAGUGUGACGGGUGCGAUGCCGAGUGGGAGGCCAGGGAGGCCGUGUUCACCCCCAGCCCAGGUGGCACGCCCACGCCCACACCCAGUCCAGGCUACAGUUCAAGAGCAACAGCCAAGGAUGACUCCAGCGAGGAUGAAACCAGCCAGGAGUCAGAGAUGGAGAGCCAGCAGGGUGAAACCCACAUCAGAUUCAACGGCACAUGCAGUCCCAGAAUGGCCAGAAGUGUGAGCAAGAGCGCAGACGACAACAUAAAUGAAAGCAUCACCAAGAAUGAAGCUUCAACUUCAGGCGGGAGCAGCCCGGGUCAAUGGAACAAGCAAGAGUCAAGUGAAAUCAGUGAAGACACCAGGGGCAUCCCAUCAACAACCAGACAGACAUUCCACAAGCAGGAUGUCCGUCGAGGCCGGUUCAUCAUCACACACCAGCAGCGAGGGCAGAGGGCAUUGAUGGAUGAGGAGGUUUUAGUGGAAGAGGCGCAGAGGUGGAAGGAUCAGUGUUUGAUAUGUGCAAGUGGCAAGCGGGAGUUUGACCAUGAGCUGUACCAGUGUCCCCACGAGGAGAGCCAGGAGGCAAAGAGAUGGAUGAUGACAGUGCGGAGCAAGAUCAAAUACACACGGUAUUCCGGGUGCUUCCGAUGCGGGAUGCCGCAGUCCAUAUGCAACAGCUGGAAGACACAGAGGCAGUGUCCGUACAGGGGAUUUUUGAUCCCGACGGUAGCAAUGAUGGUGUAUGGGUGUCAUGCAGGGCAGAUGAAGCAGGCGUGGAGACAGCGGCUGAGAGAGUUCAAUGUGGAUGCAGAUGAUCAGGAGGCGGUGAUUGAAUUUUUGGGACAGAAGGUUGAGGGGCAGGGCAUCGAGCACAACCGGCUGGUGGAGAUGUUUUGUUGGCUGCGAGGGAUAUAUCAGGAGGCAGAGAGGGGGAAGAUGGAGUCAGAGGGUACAGAGGUCAAGUGA